AUGUUUGUUUCGCAAGCGCAGCUCCAAGCAAUUAACGCGCUAAAGCCUAAUCACUACGAGCUGCGUUUAGUUAGCAAUGCUUUGCUAAGCGCUACCGAACAAGAAGUGCUUCACUACGCCCACCACGCGCUGCGGGGGGAUAACCCCGAUGCGGUCAUGUUUCGCUCGACAAUUAGUCGCAAGGUGUUCAAAACAAGCGACAUUCCGCCACGCGCUUACGCCCCAGCAGUUUACCCGGCCGGUAGCGUUUUAAUUUUAAACAAUGCGGCCGGCCGCUACAAGGGCGAAGUGCACGUAAUUAUGUGGGUCAUUUACUUUCCGCUGACGUUGCGCUUUUGGACCACCCCGUCCACGAGCUUACUUUUAGUUUUCACUUCGAAACCUAAGGGGCUUUGCGACUAUAAUUGCGGGAUGAAUGUUGCUGCGCUGCUCAAGCACCCCCAUGAACAAACGGCGCUACUACCCCGGCUCCAGCAGUUUCUUGACCACGGGAUUAAAAUCAUCGAAUACACACAAGCGCUCACCAUUUUAAACGAAGUGCGCGAGCGGUUCAAGGAGCAAAAUUUUCAUUUCGGGGCGGACUUAGCGACCGAGCACGAGCGCUAUCUCGCGGAAGUUUACGCGCAGGGGCCAAUUGCGGUGAUAAACUACCCCCGGGAAAUCAAAGCGUUUUACAUGCUUCUUAAUGACGAUCACAAAACAGUGGCGUGCUACGACAUUUUAGUACCCGGCAUCGGGGAGCUCGUUGGCGGGUCAGCGCGCGAAACUAACAUCGCCAAAUUAACAAAGCGCAUGCAAGAGCUAAAUGUGCCGGCGGCAGACUUGAUGUGGUAUUUGAAUUUACGUCGCUUUGGCGAGGCCGCUUCGGUGGGCUUUGGUCUUGGCUUUGAGCGGCUGGUGAUGUACGUUACGGGCGUGGAAAACAUUCGCGACGUCAUUCCGUACCCGCGUACACCCAACAAUCUUUUAUUUUAG